AUGGAGUUAUUUGGAUUCCCUUCUAUUUUCAUGAAGUGGAUUGAGGCGUGUAUUACCACACCUUCGUUCUCUGUUGGACUGAAUGGGAAACCCCAUGGUUUCUUCAAGGGAGCCAGAGGACUUCAGCAGGGUGACCCUCUAUCACGAUACUUGUUCGUGCUUGUGAUGGAAGUCUUACACUUGGGAUUGGAUCGAUUUGCUAAAUGGUCGGGGCUCAAACUAAACGUGCAGAAAAGCCAGCUUAUAAUAUCACGUUCAGCACAAGGAUUACGCGAGGAGAUGCUGGCAGCACUCGGAUUUCAAGAAGGAGUCUUACCAUUGAGGUGCGAUAGAACCUCGAUUUGGAUUGAAUGGCUUUACCAGGGUCGGCUACGAAACACUUCCAUAUGGACGAUUAAGGAGCAUGGAGGCUCAUGGGGAUGGCCAAAAAUUCUAAGGCUACGGGUUUUUCUCCGCCCUAUGGUGGACUAUCAGAUUGGUGAUGGGAUGAGAUUUUAUCUGUGGCAGGACCCGUGGCAUUAUCUUGGCCCUCUGAGUGACACAUUUCCACGGGGACCGAGACUACUCGGAUUGGAGGAGUCAGCUAAACUCAGUAUGGUGAUCAGUGGCGGAGAGUGGCAUUGGCCUCCUAUCACUGAUUUUGAGUGUCUGGAGAUUACACAUGCAUUACCCACAAUCCAUGGAGGGGAGGACCGCAUUGUUUGGAGAUUUGAUCAUGGACAACCUACAGCCCAGGCUCUUUACAGACUAUUUGAUCCACCAUGA